ACGAAUAAAACCCCAAGAUAAGCCAAAGAGAUAAGAAUACAGGAAACCAUUUCCCACGCUGCGCCCUCAGGUAACAGAAGGACGGAUUGUUGGUAAUCGCCAUAACCAGGCUGACGUGAGAAGAGCUGUAUCUUGCUAAAUUUCCUGAACGUCAGCUCAUCAGCCAUGGCAGAUCGACACUGGAUGGCAGCGUGUUUAUGGCUAUCAUUAAUCGUGACAUGCGGAUCACUGCAACAAAUCCUCGCUUCGAAAUCUGAGACCGAGAUCGAGUCAGGUAAGCCAGCGAGAAGGGUUUGUUACUACCAAUCAGCCACCGUCUACCGCCCUGGGGAAGCCAGCUACAGGAUCGAAGACAUUCCUGGUGACCUCUGUUCUCACAUCAUCUACGCUUUCGCUGACCUCUCCAACAUCACAUGGGAAAUCAAGCCUUCGAUACCAAGUUUCGACAUUGAUGCAGGCGGUUACAAAAGGUUUGUCGGGUUGAAGGAGACCUACCCAGGCCUCACUGCGACCCUCGGCCUUGGUGGCGGAGGCGCUGGCGUCGCUGGGAUCUUCUCGCAGAUGGCCAGCCUCAAGGAGCGGAGAAACAUUUUCGUCUGGAGCGUUAUAGAUCUUGUACAAACGUAUAAGUUCGAUGGUGUUGAUGUAGACUGGGAGUAUCCCGAUACCCCCGAUGACAAAGAAAAUUUUCGGUUACUGAUGGACGAAUUACGGGCGGCCCUGGAUGCGGAGAGCCAAAGCCUGGAGCUGACCAUGGCAGUCCCUAUCGUGAGAUAUAGAUUACAAGAUGGAUAUAACGUCCCAGAACUAUGCAGAGCAGUUGAUGCCGUGCACCUUAUGGGCUAUGAUCUGCGAGGUGUGUGGAAUGAUUUCGCCGACGUGCAUUCAAUGCUCUAUCGAAGACCUGAUCUUGACUUUGGUAUUCUCGAGGAAAUAAACUUGAGCGACGGUUCACUUCUCUGGGAGGAAUUUGGAUGCCCACGAGACAAGCUGGUGCUAGGAGUGCCCUUCUACGGACGAAGCUUCACACUAUCUGAUCCUUCUCUACAUGGACUCCAUGCCCCGAUCACUGGGACUGGGAAUCCAGGUCCUAUAAUAGGAGAUCCUACAGUUCUGGUAUACUUUGAGAUCUGUGCAACCUUGAUGAAUGACCCUGAGUGGACAAGAGAAUGGGAUAAUGAAGGUUUAGUUCCUUACACAUACAAAGGAGACCAGUGGAUUGGGUACGAAGACCCCGAGAGCCUAAAGAUCAAGGUGGACUAUAUCCGAGAGAACGGCUACCUCGGGGCUAUGAACUGGGCUAUUGACGAUGAUGAUUUCAGAGGCUGGUGUGGCUUAGGGAUCAACCCCAUGAUGACAACGAUAUAUGAAGGUUUGAAAGACUACACUGUACCAAGAAGCAACUAAAACAUUCACUAUUCUUUGAUGUGUCGUUCCUCGGCAUCAUGAUGGCGUGAUUCUUAAUUAGUGUAUUAGUGAAGUCGAGUUCUAGUAUCUUUUAACUAAAAUUUGUUACUGAAUUUUCAUACAUAGUUUUGAUUGCAAAUGUAUGAGCAUUAAUUAUAGUUAUAUAAAAUUAUAAAACUUAAUGAUUAUCCUUUCAUCUAUUAAUAAACAUUUUGUCCGAUGUG